GGGCGAGCGGGCAAGGGCUACGCGGGGCUACCCCGGCGCCGCGGUUAGCGCGCCCGCCUUACCUUAGCCUCCCGCGCCGCCCGCCGCCUUGGGGGACCAGGAGCAGGACGCGGCCUCGGUGGGGCCCGGGCCGAAUCGCUGCGGACCACCGAGCGCCGGGGAGCCGAGCGCCGCGGUCUCCGGCAUGGAUCAGUGCGUGACAGUGGAGCGCGAGCUGGAGAAGGUGUUGCACAAGUUCUCGGGCUACGGGCAGCUGUGCGAGCGCGGCCUGGAGGAGCUCAUCGACUACACCGGCGGCCUCAAGCACGAGAUCCUGCAGAGCCACGGUCAAGAUGCUGAAUUAUCAGGGACACUUUCACUUGUUUUGACACAGUGCUGCAAAAGAAUAAAGGACACUGUUCAAAAGUUGGCCUCUGACCACAAAGACAUCCAUAGCAGUGUUUCUCGAGUUGGAAAAGCCAUUGAUAAGAAUUUUGACUCUGACAUUAGCAGUGUGGGAAUAGAUGGCUGCUGGCAGGCGGAUAGCCAGCGACUUCUCAACGAGGUGAUGGUGGAACACUUCUUCAGACAAGGAAUGCUGGAUGUAGCUGAGGAGCUCUGCCAGGAAUCUGGACUGUCUGUGGACCCAAGUCAGAAAGAACCAUUUGUGGAGUUAAAUCGAAUAUUAGAAGCAUUAAAAGUCAGAGUUCUGAGACCUGCUCUUGAGUGGGCAGUAUCCAACCGAGAAAUGCUCAUAGCCCAGAACAGCUCCUUGGAAUUUAAGCUACACCGACUCUACUUUAUUAGCUUGUUAAUGGGUGGGACUACAAAUCAGCGAGAAGCCUUACAGUAUGCGAAAAAUUUUCAGCCAUUUGCUUUAAAUCAUCAAAAAGAUAUUCAGGUAUUGAUGGGAAGCCUCGUGUACCUGAGACAAGGGAUUGAGAAUUCACCAUAUGUUCACCUACUUGAUGCAAAUCAGUGGGCUGACAUCUGUGACAUCUUUACACGGGAUGCUUGUGCCCUCCUGGGGCUCUCUGUGGAGUCUCCUCUCAGUGUCAGUUUCUCGGCAGGGUGUGUGGCGCUGCCCGCGCUAAUUAACAUCAAAGCUGUGAUCGAGCAGAGACAGUGCACUGGAGUCUGGAACCAGAAAGACGAAUUACCUAUUGAAGUGGACCUUGGUAAAAAGUGCUGGUAUCACUCCAUAUUUGCCUGCCCCAUUCUUCGUCAGCAAACAACAGAUAACAAUCCACCCAUGAAAUUGGUUUGUGGUCAUAUUAUAUCAAGAGAUGCCCUGAAUAAAAUGUUUAAUGGUAGCAAAUUAAAAUGUCCAUAUUGCCCAAUGGAACAAAGUCCAGGAGAUGCCAAGCAGAUAUUUUUCUGAAGAAAUGAGUUUGUUUGCAAUUUGUAAGUGAAACUGAAUUAUGGGUACAUUCGAGACGAGCGACCAUUGACUGCAGCUAUCCAAGGACUGCCGGGUUUAUACGCUGUGCUCCAGAAGCUACUGACAUGCUAGUGUGCACGAGGGUGUGCUCCAGAUGGUGUUCCAUAGGGCUUUGAUCACUCUUGGUCUCCAUUUCUGAUCAAGUAAACACACCAGCAGUUGCCAUUCAGUACAGGUUUUGUACUUACUAUAUGGUGAUUUUGUUACUUAAAAGCAGAAACAGAAGUUGACCUUCCUGACUUGUGUUUAAUAUUCCUGCUUUUACUUCUGUCAUUUUCUUGAUAAUUGUAAGCUUGAGCGUGUUUGUGGAAGAACUUUUUUUCUUGUUAUAUAUACAUAAUUAAAUGAAAAUUCUUUAGGAGUUUGACAAAGUGAAUUGUGGUUAUACAACGAAUUUGCUUUUUUGUUUCAUCUUUCUUUUUGGCUUAAGGAAGAAAGCUGUGAUAAAUUCCAGAUUUGUGUUGCUUUUUGAUGUUUUUCUCUGCUCUAGCUCUUGCUUCAAAGUCAGCACGCUUGCAUUUGAGUUCUGUCUGUAGCCCCAGUAGGCUUCCUAUUUAAAAUCCCAUCAUGAAUUUAGCCGGCAGAUGUGAGAAUGAAAGGGAUAUUACUGGUUCUUUGCUUUUAUUACCAAGAGGUGCUUUUUAAAAAGUAUAUUUAAUAAAUGGAAUUCUGAAGUAAGGGUGUUACUAAGUUGAUACAUGCUCUCUCGGUCUUAGCACCCUGUCCUUUGAAAUCUGCCUUCAAGUCCUGGCUGGGUAUCACAUUAGUUGUUCUCACAGACACACAGUGUUGUGCAUGUGGCUAUAAAUAUGUACACCAGCAUCAAACACUGUAUACGUGGAAGGGAAAAAGCAUGUUCCAGUUCAAGUGCAGUUGCCAGAGUCAUCACUUCAGGUCAUUGAGGGUCGAUGCUAGCAUCUUCUGUACUGCGCACAUUGUUCUGUGUUGGAUUAGAUGUUGUUCACGCCUCUGUCCUGCAGCGUCUUCCUGAGUUAACUGUGGACCUGUAUAGUAAUCAAAUGGCUACAGAUAAUGUCUUUUCUUUUGUGAGGUGUCUUCAUUUAAUGCACUUCCCAGAAAGAGCCUUGCAUAAGAGUUAUUCUCUGUAUGAAGAACUACAUGGCAAAGACUUCUCUGAACAUAAUUCUGACUUAAAUCCAUGAAAUAUUUCACCUUGAGAAGAGUGCUGUGUGAAGUCACCAAAUAGUCCGCAACGUUGUUUCAUCUGACAUAGAUCUGAACAUCAACAUAGGAGUACUUUCAUGAGAAAAUGAGGAAGUUGUAAACACAGAAGCAAAGAGAAACGUGACUCUUCCUAUUUUAAACUACAGAUGGACUUGGUUUAAGGGAACGGGGAUAACAGCUUUGGUGCUAAGUUAAUUAGAAAUUGCUGGCAUUCGCAGUGGUGUACUAGCCUGGCUGGUUUGCUGAAAUGUUUACCUGGGAGAGCUGGCAUUUGCUUGUGAAGGGAAAGAAUAAUACUCAGAAAAGCCCUGUGGAAUGACCAUGUGGUCAGUUUCAUGGUGAUGGCUCCUGUGUGCUGUUUUUGUUAGCAGGGAUCAUGAUUGACCCAGCUCAGAGUGCAUGCUUUGUUCAAACUCAGCCUGGUUCACAUGACUUCUGCUUCAUGUGGGAUACUCUGUAAAGUCCCCAUAUCCCAUGAAGCAGUGAAAGAGGAGCAGAGGUGCCUCUCAACUGCAGGAGAAAAGGCAGAGUGCCAGGCAGUAUCCUGUUGAGGGUGUAAACUCAUUUACUAUAGAUAAGUUUUCCUUUGAAUUAAAUUCUAGAGUGUCAGGCUUUUUUUUUUUUUUAAUAACUGUUAUUCCUAAGCCAAAUUUAGUUUUUAGGGUUUUUUUCCCCCCAUAACUUAUUCUUACCUUCCAAGCUCAAACAUCUAAUGACAUUUAGACUUCACAUAAAGUUUGUGUGAUACAGACAUGUUCUUGAGGCUGGUGGCAAAUCCUUUUUGGAAGCAAGACCCUUCAAAUAGUUGGCUCAGGCCAUUUUAAGGACAGAGGCUCUGCCUGGUCCUCCUGGUGCUGUGAGUCACAUUGGCAGUUUCUUGUGAAGCUCAUGAAGCUUUAAAUAAAGAAUGAGUUUAGCAAGUGUUUGGUCUUACAGCUUCCUCAGUAAGGUCUUAUAGCCCCAGUGGUCAAGGGCCAAGAAUAGAAACUUGAUCUGACGUUUUACCAUGAAAAUUAGGUUCUAGGCUCUUCUUUACCUGAGUGAACUUUUAAUCUGCAAGAGACUGACUGCAGCAGAGGUGGAUUUGAAGAAGCCAGACCUUGACCAAAGAUGCUGAAGUACAACAUUACGACCUUUCUACUCUAGAACCUCCUUCACAGUGGUGUGAGACCAUGCCAUCACUGAUGCCAUGCUCUUGCUAGCAUGCAGGAGGAUGCCAUCUAUCUCUUUCAGCCUCUUACUAGAGAAGGUUGUGCUAGAGGCAAUGAUUGCCAGUCACAUGGCUAACAGGCAUUGGAAACAGCCGUAGCUUCUUUAAGAGCCAUUUCCUUUCCCAGUAGUGGACCAAAGCCGCCAUGGGACUCUGCUGAACCAAUAAAACAGUACUAACAAAUGUUUAGAUUCUGGUGUAGCCAGAGCUUCUCCGCCGUGGGACUCUGCUGAACCAAUAAAACAGUACUAACAAAUGUUUAGAUUCUGGUGUAGCCAGAGCUUCUCCGCCGUGGGACUCUGCUGAACCAAUAAAACAGUACUAACAAAUGUUUAGACUCUGGUGUAGCCAGAGCUUCUCCGCAGUGGCCGAAGUUGUCGUUUCCUCUUCUCUUUUGUGUGAUCAUCACAGAUGCCAUUUCUGUUCAGUGAUGAUUAUAGACUUUUAAUACAUAAAUGAACGGGUAUUGGUGCCUCUUUAUUUUUAAAAAAUUGAAGAAAAAGAGCCACCUCAUAUUCAGAGAGUAUGUGUUUUGUGAGUGUGUGAGCAUUUAAUUGAAAAUAAGUAAGGAAGUAAAAUUUUUGUUUUACUUUUUCCACAGCAGCUAAUGUGUAGGGAGACAUUAAACCCACACCGAAUCAUGUGGGGAUGGGGACCCCCCGGUCGUCCUCUCCAGGUAGCCAGUCCCAUAGACUGUGCAGCUCAGAUUCCUUAUUUUUAUGCUAUGUAUUGUUUCCACCUCAGUGAUGGCAGCCUUUAGGACAGUGUCAAAAGCCAAGAGCUCUUGGAUUAUCUGCACAAUUCUAGCUGCUGGUAGACUACACAAGCCCUCUGGUUUCCCAGCCCAACCUCUCAGUAAGUAGACUGACAACGAUGCUGUCCGUCUCUUCAGUCCUCUGACUCAGGUUAUCUUCAGGGAAGGUAUGGAGAUGUGGCUUGUUCAGUUCAUCUCUAGGAUGUGUAUGGUGAAGACAAACCAAAUACUUUUCACCAUUGAACUGUCUGUACAUUAUCUUACAAUAGAAUACUGUGGUCUUGGGGAACACAGAGAGGGAAUCACAUACAAAGCUUGGUGUUUCAUAAGCCUGCAGCAGACAGGUUAUAUGUGGUACUGCAGUAUUCACCAUAAGCAGGUACAAGCUUCAUUAACUUUCCAUUCUGAAUUACAAUUGAGUAGAUACCAGAAACAGAGUGGCAAAUGUAUUUUAGUAACAGGCGAGGCAGUUAGUUUUAGGGUGAAUUUUCCGCUGUUGAUUUUACUUCAAGAUGUAGCAAGA